GAAUCUUGUUGUUUUCAGAGCCACAAGUGGUGGCUAAGUUACCAUAACAUCACGUGAUGAUGGCUAGCUCAAACCUCCUCUUCAAUAAGCACCAGUUCCCCACCAAAUCCACAACAUUCUCUCGAGUCUCUAUAGACUUCUUCCACCAGAUUUCAAAGAGAGGCCAUAUAUGAAACUGCGAGUCGAGAUAGCUUCACCUCCACCAUAGCAUUACGUUUGCACUCCCGCAGAUCAAGUCACCAACCACACUACAAAGUCUACGAACUACCCAAAAUGCCCAACCCACCAACACUACUCACUCUUCCCGCAGAGAUCCGACAGAAAAUUCUCUACCAUGCCCUCUGUCACCAGAGGUCAUUCGAAUCCUUCAUCUCAAACACAAUCGUCGUGACCAAGCUCCUUGACUUCGAAAGCCGCAACGGCCGUAUAGUUUCCCCCGAUAAGCGCGAGUACUUCUACGGCACCGAAAUCAUGAGUUCCAUGUUUCUCGUUUGUCGACUCAUCCACGCUGAACUCGAAGAAAUCCUGUUCACACGCUUUGUCUUCCACGUGGGUCCGACUUCCGCGCAGCAAUUCACAACUACGAUUGGUCCCCGCGCGUGCAAAUUGAUACGGGAGAUAGUAGUGGAAAUUACUUAUGUCCUGACGGUUGACGCGACUCCGACGGAAGACUAUCAGAACUUCAUGGUCGAUUUGAAGGAGAAGCUUCCGUUUCUGAAAAAGGUGGACGUGGCUGUUGUUUUUCUAGAUGCGCGAUCGAGUGGGAAAAUGACAAAGUGCCGAAUCGACGGGUUUAUAGAUAGGAUUAUGGAGUUCGUUAUGGGUUUUGCGUCGGGCUUGGAAGUCGUAGUUGCUGGGAAAGAGUAUGGGGUGUGUGAAAAAGCUAUUAUGAAUGCGUGUAGUGAUAAAAUUGAAGAGCUGAUGGCAAGCUGGAAAAGGGAGGGAUUGGUCUAUGAUAUAAAAGGCUUGAAAUUUCACAGUACCUGGUACGCGAACACUAGCGCACCAGAGUACCCCAGGUACCUAUAAAUAGCUUCUACAUAGUACAAUGAGAACUUCGUCCUUCUUUCACA